CGCAAACCAAGCCAGCAGCAGAGGGGUUCCCCUUUCCACCAGUACGCACAGAGAGGCUUCCACAGGCGGCUGAACGCGUGGAAACUCGGACAACUAGGACCUCCUCAUCACCUGAGCUCCAGGUAAACUUUCUGAAAGUGAAAUGACCAGAUUUUGAAGGUUUUGCGGGGCUCUCCUUGUGCGCCAAAUGCCCAAAGAGUGCAGGAGAAAGAGCUGCAAGGACUCCGGGCUCCCUGGGACCGGGGUGCACGAGGGGUGUCGUUUAGAGAGAAGAACAGCCGGGAAGGCGUCUCAGACCUGCGAUGAUCUCACUCAGAAAGCCGCUCAGAUCGUCCCGUCGUCCGCAACAGGAGCGCCGACUGUGAUGGAGGCUCCCCGGGUACCGCACGUCACCAUCACCCCGGAGGGUGGCGGCUCCUCCCGGGAGAUGCAGCAGGAGGACUGGGAUGACGCCGUGGACGGAGGACUGCGCAGGAAACUGUCCAACUCCUCCAUCUCCUCCACGGGCUCCUCUGCGGUGGAGUCCGAGGACGAUUUACUCAGCGACAACGAGAGCAAGAGCAAAGGCAUCAUCACUUUAGAGCAUCUGGUGGACACCGGAGAGAGCAAGCCGUGGUGGAAGUUGAAGACAAUCGUCCACUGGCCCUUCAGUGUUACGCAGAGGAGAAAACUGAACUGGGUUCAGCUUGCUGGGCAUAAAGGUAACUUCAAAGCAGCAGAUGAGGGCAACAUCCUGAAGAAGUUCUCGGAAAACGAAAUGCGGUGUUUUGAGAAGCUAAGGGAUGAUGCGCUGCUCCCAUUUGUGCCCGGUUACCAUGGCACUGUGGAAAGAGAUGGAGAGUCUUUCCUUCAUAUGACUGACCUGCUGGCGAACUUUGACCUUCCCAAUGUCAUGGACUGCAAGAUGGGAGUGAGGACGUACUUGGAGGAGGAGCUUGUUCGGGCAAGGGAACGGCCCAAGCCGAGGGAAGACCUGUACAAGAAAAUGAUGGAGGUGGACAGCGAAGGCCCAACUCCCCAGGAGCAUUCCCAAUGUGGUGUCACGAAACCUCGCUACAUGCAGUGGAGGGAGACCAUGAGCUCCACCAACACCCUGGGCUUCAGGAUAGAAGGAAUCAAGAAAUGUGACGGUACGUGUCGGACUGACUUCAAGAAAACCAGGUCGAAGCAGGAUGUCAUCCAGGUGUUCAAGGACUUUGUCGGAGGGAACGUCAACAUCAUAAAGUCUUACCUGAGCAGACUGGCGGAGAUCCGACAGGCCCUGAAGACAUCACAGUUCUUCAGGCAACAUGAGGUCAUUGGCAGCUCUCUCCUCUUUAUCCAUGACCACACCAGCAAUGCACAGGUCUGGAUCAUUGACUUUGGGAAGACCACGGCGUUACCAGAGGGCCAGAUGUUAAACCAUGACAUUCCUUGGCAGGAAGGCAACCAGGAGGACGGCUAUCUGUGGGGGCUGGAAAACCUCAUCCACACUCUGGAGUCUGUAAGCAACGAAGGGAGAGGCAAAGAAACCUUUUGCUCAGCAAAUAGCCAAACUACAGAAAGAGAUGGUCAGUGACCUUCGACCUGUAGACGGGUGAAAGAAAGUCAAACUAUUUUAAUGGACACAACAGAGAGACCCUUAGGGAAAUUUAAGAAAUGAUGAUGUGCUUUGGGUGCUCAAUGAUAAAUGUUAAAAAAAAUGCAGAAAUGCUGCAAAGAAAAUCCUAAGAGCAGCUUAAUAAAGCCACUGACAGAAAAGACUCACUAGACACUGGACAGAGAGGCAGAGAGUUUGUCACUAGCAACUGAACCACUGAGCAAAUGAACUGACACUAAUUCAACUUCCUAUAAAAUGAACAGAAGUGAAAGUGUAAGGAUUCUGCAAUUCAGUUUCAGGGAGGAGGUGUUACAUGUGAAGUAACUGCUCAUGAAAUAUGAGUUAAAGCAUGAGAAAGACCUCUGUCCUCCUUAUUAAUAUCUAACCCUCAGCUCUGACAAUACAUCUGUAGGUAUAAUAUCACAGGAGUAAUUCAGUGCUGUGCUGUAUGAAGCUCACAGACCUCACAGUCAUAUAACUACAACUUAUAACAUAUUGUAAAUAUAGUACUGCAUACUGUAUAAUUAUUAGUGUGUCACUGUUCUGACAAACCUUUACUGUAUAUCAAUUUAUACUUCUUUCACUGAUUUUGUUCUUGUAAUCAAACUCGUUAUAUUGCACUUUUUGGGGUCUUUUUCAGAGAUGUUGUGCAAAUAAAA